AUGGCACUUUUCGAACCAUUUAGCACGGAUCCUUAUCCCACCUUUAAUGAUCCCUUCUAUAUAGAUCCAUUUUUUGAUUAUGGAUGGGGAGAUUUUGGGCGUGGGUGGGAACGAGACAGGGGAGAUUUUGGUCGUGGAACUUUAACACGUAGUAAUGCUCCAAUUCAGAAUGUUGUCCCUCGUCAUGCUAGAAGUAGAGUUAUGGCUGAACGCGAAGGUGAUAUUGUUUGGCGUCCUGCAACUGAUGUCUAUGAUACAGAGGAGGCUUUUGUCAUUCAUGUCGAUUUGCCAGGAGUUCCAAGAGAAGAUAUCUCGAUUGAUCUUCGUAAUCGAGAAAUAGUUAUUUUUGGUGAAAGUAAAAGAAAGCCUUCUUAUGAAACAGCUUCUUCUUGUGUUCGAGAACGUAACAUUGGAAGGUUUCGCAAGCACGUUUUACUUCCCCCACGAGAAGACUUGGAUUUAGAACAAAUCAAAGCAGCUUACGAAAAUGGUCUCUUAGAAAUUAGAAUUCCCCGUAAGAAUCCUCGAGGAGCCAAAUCUAUUCCUUUACCUGAUAUUCAAUUCAUACGUCGAGUAUUAGAAAAUUCACGACGUGCCAAAUCGAGUAAAAAAAAUGAUCCACCUCGACCACCUAAUGCAUUCUUUUUAUUUAGAAACGCAUUACAUACGCAUCUAUCCGUUCAUAAUUUAAAAGUACCUCAAGUAUCAUCAGCAGCUGGAAGAUUAUGGGAUUGUGCAGAGGAAGAAACCAAGAAUCAAUAUACAAGAUUACAAGAAAUUGCCAAAGUAUUACAUUUAGAAAUGCAUCCAGGAUAUGUUUAUCGUCCCAGGAAAAGUAGAAAAACUUUUCAAAAAAUUAUUACAAAUCCUUCAAUAAAUUCAUCUACAACAAUUCCUCCUUUAAUUUCUCCUUCCUCAAUUCCUCCUUCUUCGAUCACUUCUUCUUUUAUAGCAACAACAAUUCCAUUUUCAACAUCAGAUAAAUCUUUUACACAAUUAUUUAAUCUUAGAAAACAUCAAAUAAAAUAUAGGGCACGUCGUGAAUUUUGUUCACCACAACCUGAAUUUUCGUUUAAUAUAAGUAGUGCACUACAAUUAUCACACCAAUUUCAUCAACAACAAGACGAACCAUAUAAUGAAUGGAUUGAUUGGGGCGAUAAUUUACAAUAA